GUUUGAUGUUACGCCAAUCAAAUAUGCUGGAAUUAAAUAGAUGCGUGGAAGUUAAAAUUUACAUUAUUUAAAAAUAUUUUGCCAUAGUUUUUAACUUAACGAUUUCUGUGAUUUAUUUCAUCACAAUUUUUUAGAAAAAUAUUAAUAUUAUGGAUUCUGAUCGCACAAUGAAUAUUGUACUAAAGGAAAAAUAUUCAAAUUUAUUUUCCAAAAUCAUAGAGACAAACGUGUAUUAUGUUACUUGUUUGGAAUGCUGUAAAUAUUACGUAGUUCCAACUACAGCUUCCUGCGGCCACUCUUUGUGUCACACAUGUUGGUAUGGAAGGCAAACAUGUCCAAAUUGUAGAAUUAAAAUAGAUCGUAAGUCUUUAAAACUGAACAUGGUUCUACAAAAUUUGACUGAACAUAUACACAACUUACAGGAUGCCUCUAAAGACAUAUUUGGCCCAACAACUGAUUAUAUAUCAAGUAUGGACAGUGGACUUCUACAUGAUCCCACAAAAAAUGUAAAUGAAUGGUUAACUAGUUCACAGAACCACUUUUCUGCACCUGUUACAACACCGGAAUCUAUUCCAGACUUGACUAUACCUUCUAAAAUUUUAAAUAAAGAUAUUCAUCUCAUAGAGAAUAAAACAACUACUAAAGCUGUAUUGAUAGAUCAAAUGGAUUGGGACAAAAUUGAAGAGCUUCCUGAGUCAGAAGACAUAUCAAAUAAAAAUAAAGAGAACAUAGUUGGUCCUAUGGACAUUGAGCAAUUGGACAUAAUUGAUGGGUUUGAAGAAUAUUCAACAGACAAUCCUCGUAGAAGUUCCAGAAAUAAAGAUAUAUUUAUAAGUAAUGAAAAAAAUACAGGUGGCUCUUCACCUAAAACUAUUAAAAAUAAAAACACUAAUAAUUGGAUAACUGUUAAAAACAUGAGGCAAGAGUUUAGUAAAUUAAAUAAAAAAGCUAAAAACAAAUUAAAUGUUUCAGUUGAAAUAGCUAAAACAAUUCAAGACAAAAAAAAUAUAGUGCCACUAGAAAACAGUAGUAAAACCAGUGAAGUUGAUAUAAUAUCAUUUACAGAAAAUGAGAAUAUCAUUAAAAAUACUGUUCAUGUACAUUCUGAAAACAUUGUUAAUAAUAACCAGUCUGAUAAAUAUAAAACAGAAAAUAGAAAAGAGAGUUGUAAAGCAACUACAGAUUUUAGUCAGAAUUUGAGUCCACUGGAACCAUUAAAAAUUAAUAAUCAAUCUUUCUUAAGUAAAACCAUAAAAGAAAAAGAUAAAUCAUCAAAUUCUCUGGGUAAAAACCAUAGUAAAAACAAUGUACCUUUUUUCAAAAGAUGUCCAUGGAGUAGCAAAAUAGGUUUACAAGUUGAAGAUAAUGAGCAGAACGAGAUUAGUGAAGCAGUGAAAACUGAUGAUAUUGAGAUAACAAUCAAAGUUGGAAAAACUGUAGCCAAUAUUUGUAUUAAGAAGAAAGAAAAUAAUGUUAAUGUCAAAGUAAAUUCUGAGCUUGAAAUUCAAUCAUCUAUUUCAAAAAAUAAUGCUUAUGAAACCAAUAUUUCUACUUCACCUUUUAAAAAAAAUGCACAAGAAAAAAGGAAAACUGAGCUUGUUAACAAAUCCAUACAAGCUUUUGUUGAAAUUGACUCAGUAAAAAAAAUAAAUACAGCCUCUGCUGAUACCUCAAGCUUAAAUACUGUUAAGAAAACAAUUGAAAAACAAUUAAGUUCCAUAAAUGAAACUGAAGAAAUAAAAAACACUAAUAAUUCUUGUCCAGAAAUGAAUCAGCCUAAAUUAAAUAAGAAUCCGAAAGACUGUUUGAAUGAUUUUGAUAUGUUUGACAGUGAACCAGUUAAGGAUUGUAAUAUACAACCACUUUCAGGAUCGGUACAAACUCCCUCAGCAAUUUUUAUGCCAUCCAAUGUGUCCAAACUUAACACCCAAACAAAAAGUAGUAAGAGAGAACGCGAUGAGUGUGAAACUGUUGUACCAAACAAAAAAGGUAAAAUUACUCCAACAAUGAGUAGAAAAAGAAACUUGAUAACACUCAAUGAAAGUGAACCUGGUGACUAUAAUGAGAUAUUAGAUCAAGUAUAUGCUAAUAUAAAGGAGGAUAUGAAAGGUGGCAACUCUACAUAUAGUGCAAAUUAUAUUUCGAAUAUGCAAAUGAUUCAAAUAACCAGUUCCCAGCAAUCAAAUAAAUUUGAAAACAAUAACACCAUUAAAGAUAAGCCGACACAAAAGUGCAGUGAAAAUAUUUUUUCCUUAAUUGAACAUAAAUUGGACUUAAAAAAUUCACAAGACAAGCAUAAAUCUACUGAUAUUAAAAAAACAAAAUCAAAUGAAAUAGCUGACAAAAUUAACACACAGUUACAAAGCCCAGACUAUGAUAUGGAUAUUAUUCCUAGUACGCCACAAAAUGAUGAUUCUGAUAAGAGUGUUGUUGAAGAGACUCCGCAAAAAGACAUAUCUCACAAAUCCAAACAGAUAGAUUCAAUCAAAUCAAGGCAGAAGUCAAAAACACAUGAAUCUGUGGCUACCAUAGAUGUAACAGAGAGCACAAAAGAAGCUAUAGUCGAAAAAAAUCAGUCCAUCGAAACACCCGCGUCUAUGUACAAAUUUGUGAAUAAUUUGCAUAAUAAAUCCACACCUAUAGCGAAGAAGUCCCUUGAUUUCACUUACCCAGAACAAAUGUGCCCUAUCAAUACACAAGAAAGAGAAAUUAUAAGUAAAGCUUUUGAUCAAGUUCAGCCAGAGAAUAUAAUAAAAAAGUAUUGUCUGGUCGUUUCGUGUUUGACCCCGCCAGAUGUCGCUAGGGUGAAAUUGCUUUGCAAGCGAGAGAAAUGGACGUUUGUUGAUAAGUUCACACCGGAUGUGACGCACUUGAUUGUUAGUGUUACGAAUGAUAAUAGGGCUCAGCGAUCGGUAAAAUUUAUUUGCGCUCUGGCAGCGUCUAAAUGGAUACUUUCAAUGGAAUGGAUUCAUAAAUGUAUUAAUAGCAAACAAGUCGUUAAUGAGGAACCUCACGAAGUUUUGGAUAUGACGAGCGAGCCAGGUCCGCGCAGGUCGCGACUCGCACGCCAGAAGUUGUUCGACGGAAUCAAGUUCUACUGCAUGCCACCAUUCGGAGUGCUAGAUAUCGAAACACUUAAGGAGAUAUUGGUGUGCGCUGGUGGCGAAGUGGUGAAUGAGAUUAAAGAUGUAAAGGCAACUGAGGCACCUUCGAUACUCUUGGCAGAGCCUGAAAGCACACAAGAGAAUAGAUUUAUAGACAUAGCGGUGAAUCUAAGCGUCGUGCCAGUUAACUACGAGUGGGUCCUCAAUAGUCUGGGUUGUUACACAUUAGCCACUAUCGUUGACCUCCUCCUGUGUCCAGAAUCGUUACUCCCGCAGGUCAUAAUGAAGUGGCCGCGCGCGCUUAUAUCAUCGAAUGAUUCGAAUGAUGACAUUUUUUGCAAUAGAAAUAUAAUGUAAAUGUUA